AUGUGGAAUUUUUUAAAAAAACUUAAGUUCAUAAAUGAACGUACAAAAUAUAAAUGGCAAAAAAUCUGGAACAUACAAAACACAAAAUUAAAUGAAAUAAAAAGAGACAUACAUCGUUGGAUCAAUCCUAACCUCAACCGUAAAGAAGAUAUGGUUCUCAAUAGACUCCGUUCUGGUCACACCAGAAUUACUCACGGCUUCCUGAUGGCAAGAGAGGAACCCCCCAUAUGUCAAACCUGCGGAACCUUGUUAACAGUCAAACAACUAAUAGCCGACUGUUUAAUGUUCAACCAAAAACGGGCCGAGCACAAGAUAUCCUACAACCUAGACGCUGCACUUGGACUCAACCAAAAAAAAAAUCUUGACCUAAUUAAGUUUCUGAAACAAACUAAACUUUUCAAUCUUAUAUAAAAAAAAAUUACUAUUAUUAGCACUUAUUUAGAAUUAUAAGCUUAUUUGUA